AACUGCAAUACCAUGAUUGGUGGCAACUAGUCCACUGUUACACAGCUGAAAUGUAGAACAAAUAAGAAGUUUGGAAAGAGAAUAAAAAAAAUCAAAGUUCACCUGAUCGUUGAUAUAAACAGAGGCUCUUUCCCCUCCAGCCUGUAGUAAGAGGGAAAACUGAGUUGCAGCCAGGAAAAGUUCAUGAUGCAAGCACCCCUGGCUCUCUGGAUCUUAUCAGCAGUGGUUUCCAAUGACACCAGGCCAUGAAGGCGUGCCUCAGAUGGUUUACAUACCAGGCAGUCACUCUACAGGGUGCAGAAAACCUGGCUGAUCUAUCCAAGCACUGCUUGACUCACAUCCUGAAUGCAGCUCAGAGUAGGAGAGGAGGGCAGCCAGACAUAUAUGAGGGAAUGAACAUCACCUACAUGGGCAUAGAGGCACAUGAUUCCUGCAGCUAUGACAUGAGCAUCAACUUUCAGGCUGCAGCAGAUUUUAUCCACAGAGGCCUGAGCAGAGGAGGCAAAGUUCUGGUGCAUUGUCAUGUGGGAGUCAGCCGCUCUGCCACCCUGGUGCUGGCCUACCUGAUGCUGAAGCACAAGCUCACCCUGGUAGAGGCUAUUUGUGCUGUGAAGGACAAUCGGGGCGUGAUCCCAAAUCGAGGUUUCCUCCGACAGCUCAUCAAACUGGAUAAGCAGCUCUUUGGAAAACAUGACUAAACCAAGAGAAACCAUGACCUCAGGAGCAUUAUAGUCCAGUCAUCUCAAAUCGUUUUAUUUCUUGUUUUUGACUUAAUGUUUUUGACUUUCAAUAUUGUUUUUAUUGUUCAUAAAUUGACACCUUUGUAUUUUAUUUACAUAUGUAUAUUCUGAGGUACAAGCUUUGAAAACUUAGAAACCCAUUGUGAUUACAUAUGUAGGCUUUUUAAGUUCUGUAACAACCCACGUCUGUAACAUAAAGACAAGCUGUCAAUA